ACUCGUGGUUUGGAUGUUUAGCGGGCUCCAAAACAAACUUCUGUGCUCGUAGUGUUUGUUGUUUCCCCUCGGUCUAAUGUCUGAAAGGUCCUCAUUCACUACCAGUAACCUGGUACGAGAGUGACAGUUCGUUCCGAUUUGAAUACCGACGUAGACGGCGAGAACUCUUUAGCUUCCGGUUUGUUAUUUCUCAUAGUUACAGCUUACUGUAGUCGGUUGGUAGCUAAAGGCUAACAGUUAGUCGCUGGACUUCCCGGAUUAAUGUUUAGCUCCACAGGCAGCUGCGUAAUAAACCCUCAUACACUGCUUACUGCCUAACAAACCUCUUGUAUUUAAUAGCCGCUAGUUUCUUCUGUAAAACUGAGUUCGGAAGGGAAGUUUCCUCGCUAAUUUGGCUAACGCAGGCUAGCUGUGCUAAGUGUGUGCGGUAGUAAUGGCGGAGAGACCGGAGGACCUGAACCUGCCCAACGCUGUCAUCACCCGCAUCAUCAAAGAGGCUUUACCAGAUGGUGUAAAUGUGUCAAAAGAGGCAAGACGAGCCAUAUCCCAAGCAGCCAGUGUAUUUGUUCUGUAUGCAACAUCAUGUGCCAAUAGUUUUGCCAUGAAAGCCAAAAGGAAGACUCUGAACGCAGGGGAUGUGAUGUCUGCUAUGGAGGAGAUGGAGUUUGAGCGGUUCUUGCCUCCACUGCGUGAGGCUCUUGAAGCCUACAAAAAGGGCCAGAAGGGGAAAAAAGAAGCCUCAGAACAGAAACGCAAGGAUAAAGAGAAGAAGAACGGCACAGAGGAAAAUGACAAGAGCAGAGAGGAAGAGGAGGAUGAAGAAGAGCACAUGGAGGAUGAGCAGGAUGGAGAGAAUGAGGGAGAGGAGGAGGAUGUGGAGAACUGAGGGGAAAGGUUCAGCAAUAUUUUCUACAGCCCUGGUUCCUGCCAGAGGAGGGGGGAGAGAGAACAAACAGCCAGCACUUGAUGUCUGAAAAAAAAAAAAAAAAACGCACAGGACUAAAAGAUACUUCAAGCUGUAUCCGGUCUAUAUAAGUGUCCUAAAUGUUUGAAGUUCAUGUUGUCUUAGCAGUAUACAUACUUUUCUAUCUUCAUCCUCCAAGUUUAGAAAUUAAAGAAAUCAGUGUAGAUGUAGCUUGAACCGAUGGGGUGAGUGUAUAAAUUCUAAAAAGUGUUUUUUUUUUUUUUGUAUAAUUGAUGUCUGCAGGUGAAGUUUUACUGUUGGUGGGGUGUGGAAAAGUCAUGUAUUUUGGUGCUUUACCUUGGAAUAAAUUGUACAGAAGCUUUGGCAGUACAUUCAAAGAUGCAGGGAAUGUGGAAAAUGCAAUGUUUGAAACAGACAAGGAUGUUUAAUAGUUUCCUCACAUCUGGAUCAGGACUUUGCUGAUAUCAGACCUUCGAGAAAUGUUUUAAUACUUUCUAAUCAAUUUGUACUUUUGUAGGACAUUAGGCUUUUUCCUAUUAAACGGGUUUUGUGUAAAUGUCUGCUGCAUGUUGCAAUCUGUGAGCACUUGUGUAAAACUGCACAGCAUUAGCCAAAGAGCAGUGUUCAAGUUGUGCUAAACUACAGUAGGUCCUAAUUAAAAUCU